AUGCUGGCGGACAAGCUCGGUAUAAUGAGGACCAUCCCGGGCUUCCUUGACCCGGCGCUCAAGCUGGGGCAGCUCAGGAAGGGGGUGAGCUUCGCGUCGGCGGGCUCUGGAUACGACGAUAUCACUGCCACCACAUUAAGCGCUUUGCCAUUCCGGAGACAACUGUGGCACUUCUGGCGCUACAAGCUACUGAUCCGAGCACUGCUCGGACCAAGAAGAGCAGAACGGAUUGUCAACAGGGCUACCUUCAUCAUAAGCGCUGGCACAAAUGACAUGCUCCUAAACUACAUUGCGUCGAACCGAUCAGCUGGCCCCAUCGCCAUGCUGCGGUACAAGAACCACCUGAUAGCACGCCUCAGCAACUAUACCCAGGUGAUGAGGAUGCUUGGAGCGAGAAGGUUCGUGUUCGUCGGGCUACCCCCGAUCGGCUGUCUACCGAUAGCAAGAACAUUGCUUGGAAGGGAUCCAGAUGGAUGCGACAGCGAUCUAAACCAGUUGGCAGCCUCCUUCAACUCGAGGCUGAUUCAGCUGUCGAAUUUCGUCAACUACCAGCCCCGAAUGAGGAGCGCCUACAUAGACACCUACACAAUCAUACGGGCAGCAACAGACAACCCUCAGAACUACGGUAGCGUGUUUCACAUCUCUUCUGAAUAUUGCCAAGAUGUGCUGUAG